CUCCGGCCCCUGGCACGGAGCGCGGCCGCUCCUUGCAGGAGCGCGGAGGCGGCGGAGGCAGCAAGGGAAGGGGCAGCCCUGGAACACGCUGUCCCCCGGCCCCCGGGGACUUCGCUUGGCCAGCCGAGGUGCCGGGCUGAGGAGCCGGCUGAGGGAGAACAGCUUGUGAAAGCACAGCAAGGGCGCUGGGAGCUCGCGGGUGCUUUUGGGAGUCGCAGGUGCUCCGUGCCUGCUGCGCCCCGACACCCCGCGAUAAAUUAAGCCAUGAUUCACCGAGGUGUGACGGCAGGGCACAGCGGCCACUCCAGCCCCAGCAUCGCAGCCAGCACGGCAGCUCUGCAGCCCGCCCGCAGGCCUGCUGCGCUGGGGGGCCGGGGAGGGGUGGGCACAGCCCCCGCCGAGCUCGGUCGCACGGAGAGACCCUCCCGGCUGCGCUGGCCCGGGUCCCUGGCCCUGUGCUGGGGGGUUGUGGGGCUGUGAAGCGCCGGCUGGAAGAAUAAAUGAGCGAAUUAAUUACUAAGAGCACCGAGAGGGGAGUGACAAGGGAGACCCGAGCCGCACAUGUACGGGCGCGGAGCGGAGAGGUCCCCGGGGUGAGGGGCUCCGGGGAGCCGUGGGGACCCCCGUUCUCCACGGGCACGGCGCUGGGCGCGGUGCCGGCAGCCCGGAGCCGGGCGGCUCUGCCCGGCAGCCGCUGCCCGCUCGUCCCAGCAGCCCGGCCGGGCUCGGGAUCUGAUAAGGAGCCGGAGCUCCACCUCCCCAUGGUGGUGGCGGCGAGAGGCGGAGGCAGCGGCGGGCGGGGGGGGGAAGGGGCCGUGCCUGCGCUGCGCUUCCCCUGCACAUCCUCACACACACCGAGGGACGGAGGCGGGCACGGACCGAGCUGCCCACCGGGGCUGCCUCCAGCCUGAGCCGCCGCUCCGCCGGAGGAGCCGCAGCCCCGGCCCGGGGAGGGGGGCGGUUCCCACGGAACAUUUAUAUAUUUUUUGCCCCCCCUCCCCCUUUUUUUUUCCUUUCUGUUUUUCCUUUUUUUUUUUUCCUUUUUUUUAAUUUUUUUUUUGUAUUUUUUUUCCGUUUGGUUUUCAUCCGUGGAUAACGCUCGAGAGGAGCCGGGGGGGUGGGGGGAGCGCGGUCCCGGCGGGAAGGAGGCGAUGGAGACGCCGCGGGACCAGCGCGCAGGGGCUCGGCACGGAGCGCAGCACCGGCACCAUCCAACUCCCCUGCAGCGCAGGAUGAACCCGCUGGCAUCCUGCCUGGGCCUGUGGCUCCUCUGCCAGCUCCCUGCCCUGGCCUCGGGGACACGUGCAGUCUACAAAGUGCAGGAGGAACAACCCCCCAACAGCCUCAUAGGGAGCCUGGCCUCCGACUACGGCUUACCGGACAUGGGGCACCUCUACAAGCUGGAAGUGGGGGCCCCGUACCUCCGUGUGGAUGGCAAGACUGGGGACAUCUACACCACAGAGACCUCCAUCGACCGGGAGAGCCUGCGGGAGUGCCAGCACCUCCUGCCCGGAGAGCCCUGCUUCCUGGAGUUCGAGGUGUCCAUCACUAACCUGAACGCCAACAGCAGCCCACGCCUGCUCGAGGGGCAGAUCGAGGUGCUCGAUAUCAAUGACAACACCCCCAACUUCGCCUCGCCCGUCCUCACCCUCUCCAUCCCUGAAAACACCAAUGUCGGGACGCUCUUCCCCAUCCCCCUGGCCAUGGACCGGGACUCGGGCCCCAACGGCGUUGCCUCCUACGAGCUGAUGGCUGGUCCGGAGGCGCAGGAGCUCUUUGGGCUGCAGGUGGCCGAGGACCAGGAUGAGAAGCAGCCUCAGCUGAUCGUCAUGGGGAACCUGGACCGGGAGCAGUGGGACUCCUACGAUCUGACCAUCAAGGUGCAGGAUGGGGGGAACCCCCCGCGGGCGAGCAGUGCCCUGCUCCGCAUCACCAUCCUGGACAUGAACGACAACGCGCCCAAGUUCGAGAAGGCCCUGUACGAGGCAGAGCUCUCCGAAAACAGCCCUGUGGGGCACUCCGUCCUCCAGGUGAAAGCCAACGAUUCGGACCAGGGCGCCAACGCCGAGAUCGACUACUCCUUCCACCAGGCCUCGGACAUGGUGCGGCGGCUGCUGCGCCUGGACCGCGCCACGGGGCUCAUCACCGUGCAGGGCCCCAUCGACCGCGAGGACAUCGGCACCCUCAAGUUCUCCGUCAUGGCCAAGGACAAGGGCGCCAACCCCAAGAGCGCCCGCACACAGGUGGUGGUCACCAUCAAGGACAUGAAUGAUAAUGCGCCCUCCAUAGAGAUCCGGGGCAUAGGAUUGGUCACCCACCAGGAUGGCAUGGCAAACAUCUCGGAGGAUGUGCCAGUAGAGACAGCAGUGGCUCUGGUGCAGGUGUCCGACCGAGAUGAGGGUGAAAACGCUGUGGUGACCUGCGUGGUGGCUGGUGAUGUCCCAUUCCAGCUGCGCCAGGCCAGUGAGACAGGGAGUGACAGCAAGAAGAAAUACUUCCUGCAGACCACCACGCCGCUGGACUACGAGUCAGUGAAGGAGUACACGAUUGAGAUUGUGGCCGUGGACUCGGGGAACCCGCCCCUAUCCAGCACCAACUCCUUGAAGGUGCAGGUGAUGGACGUCAAUGACAACGCUCCUGUCUUCAGCCAGAGCUUCACUGAGGUGGCCUUCCCUGAGAACAACGAGCCCGACGAGCUAGUCAUGGAGGUGAGUGCCACUGAUGCUGACAGCGGCUCCAACGCCAAGCUGGUUUAUUCUCUGGUGACAGACCCCUCCUCCAAGGGCUCCUUCACCAUCGACCCUGAUUCUGGGGAGAUCCGGGUGAAGGCGGUGUUGGACCGAGAGCAGCGGGAACGCUAUGAGUUCUUGGUGGUGGCGGAAGAUAAGGGCAGCCCCAGCAAGCAGGGCACAGCGUCUGUGGCCAUCAACGUCAUGGACAGGAAUGACAACGACCCCAAGUUCAUGCUGAGCGGCUACAAUUUCUCAGUGAUGGAGAACAUGCCGCCCCUCAGCCCCGUGGGCAUGGUGACGGUCAUCGAUGCUGACAAAGGAGAAAAUGCCCGGAUCCAACUGUCGGUGGAGCAAGACAACGGGGAUUUUGUCAUCCAAAAUGGCACUGGCACCAUCCUCUCCAGCAUCUCUUUCGACCGGGAGCAGCAGAGCACCUACACCUUCCGACUCAAGGCAGUGGACGGUGGCGAUCCCCCCAGGUCUGCCUACGUGGGGGUGACCAUCAAUGUCUUGGAUGAGAAUGACAACGCUCCCUUCAUCACUUCCCCCUCCAACGCCACCUACAAGCACAUCCUGCCCCACACCAGCCCCGGCCAGCAGGUGAGCAAGGUCAAGGCGGAGGACAUCGACUCGGGCAUCAAUGCCGAACUGAUCUACAGCAUCACAGGAGGAAACCCCUUCGAGCUCUUCCAGAUCUCCCCGCAGAGCGGAGACAUCACUCUGGAGAAGGAGAUCCUGCGCAAGCACCACGGCCUGCACCGCCUGGUUGUGCGCGUCAACGACAAGGGCAAGCCCUCGCGGCACGGCACCGCUCUGGUGCACUUCUACGUCAACGAGACGCUGGCCAACCGCACGCUGCUGGACACGCUGGUGGGGCACAGCCUGGACACCCCACUGGACAUCGACAUCGCCGGCGACCCUGAGUACGAGCGCAGCAAGCAGCGGAGCAACAUCCUCUUCGGGGUCAUCGCCGGCAUCGUGGCUGUCACCCUGGUCAUCGUGCUGGUGGUCCUGGUGCGCUACUGCCGGCAGCGCGAGGCCAAGAGCGGCUACCAGGCAGGCAAGAAGGAGACCAAGGACCUGUAUGCACCCAAGCAGGCCAGCAAGAGUGGGAAGAGCAAGAACAAGGUUAAGAAGAGCAAGUCUCCCAAGCCACCCAAGCCCACGGAGGAUGAGGAGGAGACGGGGCUGCAGAAAUCGCUCAAGUUCAAUCUCAUGAACGACUCUGUCAGCGACAGCCCCCGGAUCCACCUGCCCCUGAACUACCCUCCGGGCAGCCCAGACCUGGGCCGCCACUACCGCUCCAACUCGCCGCUGCCCUCCAUCCAGCUGCAGCCUCAGUCACCCUCUGCCUCCAAGAAGCACCAAGUGGUGCAGGACCUGCCGGCCACCAACACCUUUGUUGGCACCGGGGACAACAACUCAACGGGCUCCGAGCAGUACUCGGACUACAGCUACCGCACCAACCCCCAGAAAUAUACCAACAAGCAGUUACCUCAUCGCCGAGUGACGUUCUCUGCAGCCAGCCAGGCUCAGGACCUGCAGGACCCCUCCCAGCACAGCUACUACGACAGCGGGCUGGAGGAAUCCGAGACCCCCAGCAGCAAAUCUUCAUCGGGGCCCCGCAUCGGGCCGCUGGCCCUGCCCGAGGACCACUAUGAGCGCACCACGCCUGAUGGCAGCAUCGGGGAGAUGGAGCACCCCGAGAACGGGGAGGUGGCUGUGGACGUGGCAGGGUCAAAGAAACUUCUGGGAGGGAAGAGGAGCAGGUGGCAGAGGGUUCUCCUGAAGUCUCCUCCUGUUUCUGAGAGCAUCUUUGGCUUUGGGACAGGUGUGUGCAUGGUGGGAAGAUGGCUGAGUGUGCAUUCAGAUGGUUUUUUAGGGAGCUGCAAACCUGCUGGGUCCCUCUGCUGUGGAAAUGGACAGGCCUAGUGGAACAUCUCUUCCCAAUUCCCAGGUUAUUCCUGGAGUAACACUGGAGUUCUCUGUGUUACAACCAUUGGAGCGAGGCAUGGUGGGAUUCCCAAAUCCAUCUGUUUCACCCUCCUGUCCACGAGUGUUGUGCAGAUGACUUUCUCCCCAAAAGUGGCAGUCAGUCACCUGGGAAGAGCAGUUUGGAGCAGUUCCUGGAACCCUGGCACUCAGUAACAGUACUGGGAUUCCCUGAGUACUUGGAAGAGAGACUGGAAGGGUGGUGAGCAAGGAGAUGCCCCACGGAUGAGCUGAUGGAUAUGGUGAGGUAGUGGGGCUGAUGGACCUGGAAGAGGAAAGGUUGAGCCCUGGAAUGUGACAGGAAACUCGGGGAGCAUAAGGGAGGAACAGGGCUAAAAGUAGAAAGAGAGGAGAGAGAGGAGCACCUGGAAGGUGGAGGGCAGAGAGGGUUGUCUUGGGAUGUUCCUUGGAAUGUUCGUUGUGUGCCUGGCUGGAUGGGCAGGGCUGUAGAAGGCCAAGGGACACUGCCUGGAGCUGCCAGGGAUGGCUCCCUGCCCACAGCAUCACAAACCUGCCCUACAAAACAACUCCUGUCUUGGCACAAGGUGCCCUGUGUGUGUUCACCUCCCAGGAGAGCAGGAAUCACCCCACGCCUGUCCACCACCAGAUCCCUGUGUGGUACAGACCCUGCGGAGGCUCCCAGGAGUAACCACAACCCUGCUCCGCUCUCCAUCCCCCAGAAUGCCCUGCCUUGGCUCCCUUCCCAUGGCAGUGGUUGGGAAUCAGGCUCCAGUGGCUCCACAUCUGUUCUGAUGCUGGAGGACAUCCUGUGUUGGGUGCAGAGCCCGUGGCAGGUCAAGGCUCUUGGAAUCCACCAGCAUUAUCCCGAGCUGGUC